AAGCCUUCAUACACCCCAUAGAUACAGCGCUUAUAAUAAGCUUACGAACAAAAAUGAUUAUUUUUUUCUUUUUGAAACCCAUUUCUCUUCUUUAGGUAAUGUUUUGAUAUGCAAAUGAGAAAGAAGUGAUUAAUAUACAGAUUAGGAGUAGAUGACGCACGUUAGGGACUUGAGACCUGUCUGUGAAGAAGUCGUGGAAAACUGCAGAGAAAUUAGUCUACUGGACGAGAAACAGCAGCGUGGGCAGAUCACCUUGCAUCCGAGUACCAUGAGGCUUUCAGCUUAACACUUGCCCCCCCUUAACACUUGCCCCCCCCCCCUUCCUGCCCUCUGUGACUGUGACCGGGAAGAUUACACUUUUUUGGAGAUGUCUGUUUCAGUCUUCGAGUCGUGAUUCAUGCUUCUGCAAAAGUGACAAGAAAACUUAUUGGGCGAUUUGCUAUGUCACAUGAAGAAGAGAGAGAAGACAACACACACACCUAGAGGUGGAAUGGAGAGAAAGAAGCACACCUGCACUACUCUUUUCUCCUGGAUAUGCAGGAUCUCCAUGCUUUUCUUGACAGUCUCUUCUACAGAGCCCCGAAUUACAGGCUGUGAACUCCUGGAGCAUGCGAACAUCACCUGUUAUUGGACUGCCCCCAAUUCAGAGAACGUCAGAUAUAUGAUGCAGGUUACCACGUCCAAUUGUAUGAAUAAAAAAAUCUCCACCGACUCCUGUAAUACCACAGCCACCCAGUGCUCUGUGAAAAUUGGAUCGGUGUCUCAUUGCUUCUGUGUGGAUGUGCUGAUGUUCAUUUCCUCCACAUCCACCAGUUUACCAACCGACUGCUUCAACGGGAUUAACCAAGUUAAGCUGUAUGCACCGCAAAUCACAGCGCUCGCUGCUCUACCAGAAAAUGCCACUUGUCUAAAGCUGGAGUGGAAAGAGCCCCGAUCUGAAUAUGUCCAAUCUGAGACGAGCCUUCGUGUUUUGCAGAUAGAGUACCGCACUCCUCAGCAGGCCCACUUCCCCAAAGUGACUGCUUUUCUUCAUGACUGGCAGAUGGACAUGUGUGGCUUAUAUCCAGGAACCAAGCACUUGGUCAGGGUUCGUGCUCAGGACUUGAGAGCGAAGCAUCACUGGAGUUCCUGGAGUGAAUAUGCGGAAGCCACCACAGCAGAGGCAGCACCAGGAGCCGCCCCCGCGCUUUGGAGACACAUCCAGCCGGUAGACAGGAGCGGAAAGAGACGUAUCACCUUGCUGUGGAAGCCCCUCCAGUGGCCACACACUAAUGGCGUAAUCCUGCGCUAUACCGCAUCGUGCUGGAAUGAACUGGACUCGUCCUCCUGGGAUUGCGGUCAUCUGGAUUUUUCCAACACUUCUUGCAUCCUUUCGGUCACUGCUCGUGCCUGUAACUGUAAUCUGACUGCUUCUAACUCGGCCGGGACGUCACCAUCAGCGCACAUACACAUACCUGGAGACAAGGACGCAGAGCUCCGACCCCCUGAAAGCAUCAGUGUCAAUGCUCUGGAUGACUUCCAGCUGAAGGUGGAAUGGAAAGCGAUGGUGAACCAAUCAGAGUCCAGCUAUGUGGUUGAGUGGUUUCCAGUACCAAACAGCACAGUGGUUGGUUUGCAGUGGAAAAUCCUGAGCGGCUUUGAAACAAGCUUUAUUAUUACAGAAGGAGUGCAACCUGAGAUCCCGUAUAAUGUCUCUGUUCGGGUUCUUCAUAAUAACACAGCCGGCGCUGCAAGAUUUGCUAUUGCCUUCACCAGACAAGGAGCGCCCUCUGCUGGCCCAAAGCUGGAAGUGCUACAGACAUCAAGCAGUGAUGUGAAUCUGAAGUGGAAGCCUGUUCCUCUGGAGAAACUGCGUGGCUUCAUCCAAAACUACACUGUCAUGUAUAAAUACAAUGGCAAAGUGAAAUCCCGAGUGCUAAGUGCUGAUGCUGAGCACUUUUCUCUAAAUGGUCUGUCUCCUGGACAGUAUGCUGUGUGUGUGAAGGCUCAAACACUGGCAGGGGGCGCUGAGAGCCCAUGGGUCACUGUGACUGUAGGUAGUGUUCACAUACCAGUGAUGGCCAUAGUGUUGUGCACUACAGGAAGUUUGCUGAUUGUGAUCAUUAUGCUCAGCCAGGCUGAAAGGAUUCAGCAGCGUCUCUGUCCAGACGUCCCUGACCCAUCUAAGAGCAGCCUGUCCACCUGGCCUCCUGUCUCUCCACAUCAGCAUAAGCUACCAAUUGUGGACUCUCCCACUCUCAUUGAGCCUGUCUACAUGGGAGGAGUACUAACAGGCCAUCACGGUUCCCACCAUCUUCUGGACAGUGAGCUCCAGUCGGCUUUCAGCCAGCAAACAAGUAAAAGACAAGUCUGUAAACAAGUUUUACGAGUGACUGAGCAAACCAUCGGCGAACCAAAUGCUCAAGAGCUCAAUGAAGAGCUGACCACUGACCUCAGCUAUCAGAACGCCUUCAUGGAAACACCACAGUGCUGUCACUUUGUAUCUUCCAGUUGUCCAGAAGUUCCUGACCUGGGAAAAUCUCCAGGGGAUUCCAUUUUCUGUGAAAGCAACGUUAUGCCAGGAUUAGAUUCCAGUUACGAAAGAUUAGAGUCCGGUUUUGCGACCCGUGUAUCUUGUGACUGUCCACCACUUUCCAAGUCCUGUCACAGAGUGGACACGCUGGAGCCGGACGAUCUUAUCUACAGAAGGAGCACUGUGUCCAGAUUAAAGACCUAUUGCUACACGCAUGUAUCUACCAGUUAUCUCCCAGUCGCUGAUUCGUAUAUCGACUUUAGAACGGCGGUGGAGAAUUCGACGAAUCUCAUCCAUAAAAGUAAUCAUUUUCAAUCAAGACUGGACUCCAGUUGCUGCAGCCAUGUUUCUGCGAGUUAUCUUCCCAUCCCUGAGCCUUCUCCAGCUUACGCUGAUUAUGUGACGGUGAACUCAGCGGCCGACUUCCUCCGUCAGAGUAGCUGCAUGCCAAAAAAGGGGGUUCGUGGUUACAUUCACAUCUCUACGAGUUAUCUACCCGUUCCAUUGACUUCCCAUUCCGAAGCGGAUUUCAUGAACAGACUCCGUGAAAAGAAUUCUGUCUCCGGAUUGAAGUCGUGCAUCUACAACAAUCUACAGAUUAGCUAUCAAAAAUCUUGUCCCGAUUUUGAAGUAGAGGAAGUGUACAAGCCGCUGGGUCCCGAAGAAUGUCCGCUUCAUUUACAGUUUUAGGUACAGAAGCAGCACUAAUGACGUCGCAGGGGUGAACGUGACACACUUCCAGGUGUGUGUUUUAGUUGAUACACCAAUAAUGCAUGCUAUUCUUAACUAUCAGGGACUGGUGUGUAUUGAACAAGGUGUAGCAGGAGACAUCAAGAGGCCAUUCGUCACAAUGCUGAGUGGCAAAACACAUCAUGUAUCAUCAUGCUACAGCUAAAAAUCUCACCUCAUUUUGUGUGUGUGUUUUUAAACGCCUGUUGAAGUCAAGAGCCCAGGCCUUGUGUGUGUGUGUGUGUGUGUAUUAUUUCAGUGUUUAUGCUUCAUAUAGGUGCUGAAAUGAAUGUUGAUUUUUUUAUUUAUUUAUUUUUUUUACUAAAUCCAGAUUUACAUUAAGAUGACGGAUGUCAGAAGGAAGAACAGAUCUUAUUCUUUAUGGAUUAUAUGAAGACUAAUUGAAAUAUAUGUGUGCUUCUUGCAAUUACGCACAAACAAGGACUGAAACGAAACCAGGACUUUUUCUACCUCAGUGAUCUCUUUUUUUUUUUAAAUAUCAAAUAGAUGUUCAGAAACAAGUGUACAUGAUGUGUUCAGUUUACUCGUUUUCACUGCUAGAACAUGGGAAAGGUUACGUUUUGGCUGAAAAUAUUGUAAACGCACAUUUUCGCACACUUUUCUUUAAAAAAAAAAUGGCAUUUUUUUAAAUUAUUGAAUGAAUUACGUACUUUUUUUAUUUAUUAAUAAGUUGGUUUAUGUUAUUAGCAGCUGUUCCCUCGCCAGGAUCUCUCUCUCUCUCUCUUUCUCUCUCUUUUUCUUUCACAUUUCUCUCUCUCUCACUCACUUUGUCUCUCUUUCUCUCUCUCUCUCUCUCCCUUUCUCUCUCUUUUUCUUUCACAUUUCUCUCUCUCUCACUCACUUUGUCUCUCUUUCUCUCUCUCUCUCUCCCUCUCUCUCUCUUUUUCUCUCUUUCUCUCUCUCUCUCUCUCACUUUCUCUCCCUCCCUCUCUCUCUCUCUGUCUCUCUUUGUCUCUGUAUCCCUCUUCUUCCCUCUUUAUCUCUCUCUCUCUCUCACUUUCUCUCCCUCCCUCUCUCUCUCUCUCUGUCUCUCUUUGUCUCUGUAUCCCUCUUCUUCCCUCUUUAUCUCUCUCUCUCUCUCACUCACUCUCUCUCCUCUCUCUCUCUCUCUCUCUCUCUCACUCACUUUCUCUCCCUCCCUCUCUCUUUCUCUCUCUCUCCCCUCUCUCUCCCUCUCUCUCUCUCACUCACUCACUUUCUCUCUCUCUCACUCACUCACUUUGUCUCCCUCCCUCUCUCUUUCUCUCUCUCUCUCUCUCUCUCUCUCUCUCCCCUCUCUCUCUCUCACUCACUCACUUUCUCUCUCUCCCCCCUCUCUCUCCCUCUCCUCCCCUCUUUAUCUCUCUCUCUCUCUCUCUCUCUCUCUUUCUUUAUUCAGCUUGCUGUAUGCCUUUCCUUGUGGCAAAAAAAACUGCAAGUCUGCUUUCAUGAUCAUUAAACAGGGUUUUGCUUUUCACUGUUAACCUUUUAUGUGAAUAUGAGUGACUGCUUUGCAAAUCCUGGUGAAUUUUCUGUUAAUAUAUAUAUAUAUAUAUAAGAAUAUUGUAUUAAAACAAGGGCAUUAAUAGAAACGUGGCUCUACUGUCCGAGCUGCUGUUAUAGAAAACGAACAACCAAUCAGAAUGGAGAGUUGAUAUGGUGAUUUAUGAUUUAUGGUGGUUGUUAUGGUUGAUUUUAUGGUGAAUGGUGGUUUAAUAUAUGUAUGAUUGCCAACUUUUUUUGAUUGGUUGUCUGCACUGCCAGUCAAACAGCCUCCUGGAGCUUGUGAUGCUAGUCCAAGGUGUGUGUGUGUGUGUGUAUGUAUGUGUGAAUACGAAUUUGUGUCCAUAUUGUACCCUUUCUGUUGUGCUAUCGUGUGAUGUGUGUUACAUAUAUCUUUAUUUUUGCAUCAUGAUAAAAGUAUGAUCUCUGGAGCUGGUCUGAAUUUUUCGAGGUAAAGAAUAUGACUGCUCUCUGGUAGCAGAGUUAUCUUGAAGCACUGAACUUGUUCAUGCUUGUUGCUACAUUCCUAUUUGCGCAUUUUGUUUUUUCGGGUCUCAAAGAAAUGUAAAAAAUAAAAUAAAAUAAAAUUUAAGGCUUCUCUGUACUGACUGACCGAGCGUGUCAUGAUGAUCACUGUGACCUCAUCCCGUGAGGACAAGACCGAUGGCUGAACAAUGAACUUCCUUUUCGUGUCUAUGACUUUUGAGAAAAAACACACACAGCAUAAAACCCACUUGAGGUAACUGCCCUAUGGAAUGCACAUAAAAUACUGAAAUCUGUCAUCUGUUGCAUAAUCACUACCGUUUCUAUACAGGAACAAGAAUUGUACAAGAAUUACAUGGAUCUUCAUUUAAGUCAUUGAAGUUUUGUUUUUUAAAAUAUCAGGUUAAUUUACAAAUGCUGUAUAUGUGUGAAUGUGUAAUCUUUCCCUACAGUAUGACUUUGUAUGAUUGUGUGUUGUGUAGUACUAGAUUUUAUAUAGAAAAAAUUUAUUUAUUUAUUUAAAAAUACAAACAGAACAGUUC